UUGAUUGGUCUACGUCAUCAGUAUGAGCCGCUGUUCGUUUACAUGGCCCUAGACCACUGCGGUCUGCUGGCUUCGAAGGCUCUUGUAACGAUUGCUGUACAGGCAGCGUUCCGGGGCGUCGUCUGCCGUUCAGGCUCUGCACCUGUUGUCGCUACUAUACGGGAGGUUUUUCUUUACAGACGAAAAUGAAUGAAUGGACACCUUUAGCCAAGGCAUAUGAUCCGCUUAAAGCUGGAAGUAUUGAUGGCACAGAUGAAGAACCUCAUGAUCGUGCUGUCCUUCGGGCAAUUUUGGCCCGUUAUGUCCCCAAUAAAGGCGUGGUUGGGGACCCCCAGUUGACUUUGUUCGUGGCUCGCUUAAGCCAACAAACAACAGAGGAAAAACUAAAAGAAGUCUUUUCUCGCUAUGGAGACAUUCAGAGGAUUCGAUUGGUUAGAGAUUUCAUCACUGGCUUUUCAAAGGGUUAUGCUUUCAUCGAAUAUAAACAGGAGAGUGCCAUAAAAAAAGCAUAUAGAGAUACCUACAGGCUAGUGAUAGAUCAGCGGGAAGUCUUUGUGGAUUAUGAACUGGAAAGAACUCUGAAAGGAUGGAUCCCCCGGAGGCUAGGAGGCGGAUUCGGUGGUAAAAAGGAGUCAGGACAGCUGAGGUUUGGAGGCCGUGAUAGACCAUUUAGAAAGCCAAUUAAUUUGCCAAAGUUUCCAAGUAACAGUCGACUAGAAGGCCAUGGAGAAAAAAGACAAAGGUCCCGCUCCAGGGAAAGGUCAUAUAACUGGAGAGGGAAGAAGUCAGAGUACACAAGAGAAAGAGGAAGAGAUAGUAGGUGGCCACAGAGCUCUGACAGAGAGCAUACUACAGAAAGACAAUACAAAGAGGAAAGGAACAGAGACUGUGAGAGAGAUGACAAAGACAGGAAAAGAAGAGAAAGCAAAAGGGAAAGAAGCAGAGAGCGAGAGCACAGAAAAUGAAUAUAUGUUAUACAGUUGUAAGUGGAUCCUGUGGAAUUACCUGGAGUUUAGCAUUAAAUACCAAUAUGUGGUCUAAUUGUUUCUUAAAUUCACAAAUUUAGACAAACACAAAUCUUAUGUGGCAUUUCCACAACAAAUCUUUUAACUAUUCUUUAGAGGACUUGUAUAAUUGUUUUGUUGCAUCACCCAGUGUUUAUUCAGCUUGAGGUCAUAGACUUCCACCUUACAUUCUCCAGUAAGAUGUUUUAAUGCUCCUUUUGAAUUUGUUGUUCUCUCAAUGAUCGCAAGGUGUCCAGGCGCUGAGGAUACAAAGCAGCCCACAACCAUGAUGCUCCCUUUACAAUGUUUUACAGUUUGCAUCGAGUUUUUAGUACUGCCAUACAAUGAUCUUCCAAACAGUAUAGUGCAUUCAUGCGAAAAAGUUUCACUUUAAGGGUACAUUCCCACGCGGCAUAUUUGCUGCUGCGUAUUUUAUUUUCUCUGUUGAAGUCAAUGGGUAGGAAAAUACGCAGCAAAAUACGCCGUGUGGGAACGUACCCUUACACACAGUUUCGGAUUUUUUCAAGACUGCAUGGAUGUUUCACAGUGCUUCUGUGAACAUGUUCUAUAGACAUGUUCAACAUAGACAUAGAGGCAACAUUAGUUGAACAUUUUAGCACAAAUAAACAAUGCUAUGUUUGGAAGAAAAAGGACCAUGCACACCAACACAUUAUACUAACUGUAAAGCGGGCAUCAUGGUUUUGGGCAAAAUAAAAGCCAUACACAGUACAACUGCUUAUGUGUUAAGUUUAGUGAGAUUUUGCGGUUUGUCUACACUUGUGACUUAGAUAACUAUCAGAUCAAAUUUUAUUAGAAAUAAAUGCAGAAAUCAAAGUAAUUCCGCAUGUUUCACUUACUUUUCCUUCCUGGCAAUGCAGUCGCACCUCUACGGGAUUUACAUAUAGAAUAUAAGAAGUAUAUUUUAAAUUUUCAUUGUCUGACAUCUCUAUAUUCUAGUAUGUCGCAGGCUCCCCUCAAUGCCUCCCUUAGACUUCAUUUUCCUGGUUUUAGUGCAGUGUUUUCCAACCAGGGUACUUCCAGCUGUUGUAAAAAGUACAACCCCCAGCAUGCCAGGACAGCCAAUCCAGGUAUGACAGGAGUUGUAGUUUAGCAACAUCUGGAGGCAAAUUGAUCUAGUGGCUUCUGAUGCACUAAAGUCUAUUGCAAAUCUUAGAUCUGUACAUCACUUAUUCUCCCAAAUCUUUACCUCCAAGCCUGCUCGACCGCACAUAUACUGUGCAUAUUAGAGAUCAUUCAAAUUGCUAUGCACGUGUAGUGAUGCUAUGGGCUAAGGACAUAAGAAAAUAUCACCAGGCAUUUACUUGUUUGCUGUUAAGUUCCCUUUAUUUUUGUUUUCACUUCAAACUUUGUGAUUGUUAUAUCCAAACAUUAGUAUUCACUUGUAUUCUGGGAGCAGAUUCCAUUGCACUUCUAUGCGAAUACACCAUCCAGUUUCUAAAACAUCAGAAGAUCAUUGAAAAACUGAAUUUUUUUUUUUAAUACUAAAAAGAUUCUGCUAAUA